AUAAAACACAGAUGGUGAAGUAUUUUGAUUAAUGUGUUUAUUCCUGUUCUUCCUUAUCUAUCAAUUAAUUUUUGGAGAAAAUAAUUUCAAUAAAUUUGCUUGUUUUUCAAAAACGACUGUAUAAGAUUACGUUAGAAGUGUGUUAUCAAAAGCAAAUCGAGCAAUCAAAUAAUUAUGGAAUCUGCGUCGCAAACAGUUUCUUCAGAACAAAAACUAACACCAGAUGAAACAAAUGCCGAUGUUGCUACAAAGCCUGUUGUAGAUAUGACUUUUACGAAGGAAUUGCGUAAAGCCACGAAAGACGUGCAUAAAAUUAGUGAUGUGCUCGUGAAUGCAAAAUUUGCUUUAGCGCUAUCGGACGAUGCUGUUUGGUUUGAUGGUUUAUUAGCAUUUUAUGAAGUUUAUAAAUUCUUGGAGGAAAAUCUUCCUGAAAACUUACUUCCCAAAGAACUUCAUCGCAAAUCAGCUUUUGAACAAGAUUUGGCGUAUUUCCUUGGCCAAAAUUGGAAAGAUAAUUACGAACCAAGGGAGAGUGUUAAAAAAUAUAUCGAUCAUUUAGAAGAAGUCAAUGCAAAAAAUAAAUUACUCUUGUUUGCGUACGCUUAUCAAAUGUAUAUGGCUUUAAUGUCUGGCGGUCAAUUACUACAAAAGAAACGAAUGAUUAAGAGAAAACUUUGGUUUGGUAAACAAGCUGAGGAGGAACAGGAAGAAGUGAAAUUACCUAAUUCAAACCCGGAAGUUGACGAUUUAGAGAACCGUCCAAUGCCUAGCCAAGUUACCAUUUGCCCAGAGGGAUGUGCUGCAACAUAUUUUCCAGAGAAAAUUUCAGUUUUGAAGGAUAAAUUACGACAAGUACUCAAUGAUAAUUAUGGAAAUUUUAAUGACGACCUACGUGCCGAAUUUAUAGAAGAGAGCCGUAAUGUUUUUAUUUACAACGGCGAUGUUGUUCGUUCUAUAAAGGGUGUUAACCGUGCAAAUUUACGAAAAUUAGCAAUGGUUUUAGUUUUUGUGAUGGGUGUAUAUUUCGCUUUAAAACUAGCUAAACGUUAGAAGCUGGACUAAUUGUAUAGACUGGUAAAGAUAAAAAAUAUGUAUGUAUAUAGUUUAGUGCUCCAAAAUACAAAAUAACCAUAAAAAAUAGUAGGUGUUAACUGUCCCUUAAAAAUUUAAAUUUUAAUUAUGUAACCCUACUUUAUAUAGAUAAUAUAUAUAAUAAUAAACGUUCUCGACUUUAUCUUGAA